UGCUAAGCCCAGCCAGUCUCGAACAUCAGGACGGAAUCGCAGCGUGUUAAAAUUGAUUCGCGAUCAACACAUCGAUUUCAUUUUACGAACCGUGUCGCAAAAAGUCAAAAUAAUGACUUCAAAAAAAAAUUCCACUUUAUUUAAAUUAUUUUCAAAACAGACAGGCGUAACUUUGUAACUGGAGAAUACAAUGUGAAAAUUUUAAAAUGAGUGACAACCCCGAACCUUCAACUUUGUCCGUCAAACCGCACCGUAAUAAAACGAAACGUAAAUUUAGUAAGGGCCGUUUACCAACUCCACCACCGGAUCCUACGUUAUUUUCUGAUAUACUCGAGCCGCCCGAAAGUCCCCUUUCGCCAGAUAGAGAUGUGCAUUUCUUUGAAUACAUUAACUCCUUCCCGAAGACAUCUCCCUUGCAAUUAUCACCGACGGGCGUUACCGAGGAUGCCUUCGAUCACCUGGAGAAGCUUUACAAGCUCAUGGAACAAAUGCUUAAUUUACGCCAACAAAACGCGAAGCUACAGAGACGGGUACGUGAUUUGGAGCAUCUCAAGAAUAUACAAUCGAUGAACUGUCACCUAGCUAACAUUCCAGUUCCCCCUUUUGAAGAUAUCCCGGAACUCGACGACGAUUCAUUGUUUGCGGAGAGCUUAUUGGAUACCAUGCUGGUCGGAAGUAAGAAGGAAUUGAAGACAAAACCCUGGACCCGCUCCAGAAUUCGGCAAUCGCUUAUGAAAAAGCAGCGAAAUCGAAGUGUGUCGGUGAUUGAAAAAUCUAUUGACUUGAACAGUCUCGAGGAUCGGCGAUUGUUUUCCGGUGGUGGUAGUGAUCGGGAUAAAUCUUCGAAAGUGUCAAAGUGGACGAAGGUUAAGGCGGCUUUCAAGUGGGAAAAGGCAUCUCCCAGUGUGACCGGUGCAAAAUCGCAAGACAGUGGCAUCGGAGGAAUCUUGCCCAAUAAUUAUGAGGUUGCUCGAUAUUUACGCGUACCAUCCACCACUGAGGACCCAGGUAUUAGCCCUGCCGAUUCCGGUGCCGCUGACGGUUCCACACCGGCGUCACUUUCUUCGGCCUCGUCAGUCGACGACAUUCACAGACAAGAUCACCAAAUUUCGGACGAUGACCACCACAGUAUUAACUUGGACGAUGAACACUUUUCAAGGGAAUCGACUAACUCAUCGCGAGCAUCGUGGUUUAAAACACGGAACACAAGAUCAUCGCCUAUCGAUCCUCAAAAUAGAAACAGAUUGAGCCUAAGAAGUGAUGAUUUAAAAAUUGACGUAGAACAUGAUGAAAUUCGGGAUCAUAACGAAAAUAUCAAGUCCGGUUACGAAAACUCGACAGAAGCUUGUGAGAAUGCGGACAUACCUGAGGCUAUUGUUGAAAGAUAUAAACAAGCGCUUGCUGAAAAUGAAUUUCAGCAGAAUAAGCAGCAUAUAUCAUCCAAGCCAACAUCUAAGUGGAAAAUGGUAAAGAAAGCGUUUUUGACCCCAUCGAAUCAUCACUCAUCCACAAAUACUCACAAAAAUUCAACAUUAGCUAGCUAUAAAGAUAACCGCUUCCUGAAACAAACUGACGAUAAUAAAAGAAUUCAUGAAGAAAUCCAGAAAAACUACAGGCAACUCCAAAAAAAGUUAAGCAUCGAAUUUCAGGGUAAACUGCACGAAUGGGAAAGACUAAAAUCACAAACUACUACAAACGCAAUUGGUAAAUCUGAUAUAGGUGAAGAUCAGAAGGAUCAUGCUUUUAUUAAAAAAAUGGAGGAAUGGCAACGUAUUAAAGGCCAACCAUCGCGGUCCAGUCAAAGCGUGCAAAUGAUGCGACAAGAAAACUUGGCGCCCGAGUUUAAGAAGAAAUUGGAAGAGUGGCAAAGAAUUAAGAAGUAUUCCACUAAAGAUGAUUGCGCUUCAACGUCUAAACCUAAAAAGAAAAUUGGGGAGUGGCCUAAGUGGAAAUCUAUCAGUGGAACACGAGAAGAGCCCGAAGUGACAGGAAGUGCGCCACUUUCAGACGAAUUCAUUAAAAAGCUUGAGGAAUGGCGUAAAAUUAAAGAAUUUAGUAAGCACAACGAAGCCAAGGAAAAAACACCGAGUCCCCGCAUUAAAAGAAAAUGCGAGUCUUCCACUUCGAUUCAACCGAAAUACGCAGAUCAAAAAGAACUGCACUGGUUUGAAAAGGAAUUGAAUAAAAUCGAACUGGAGAAACGAAGGUUGGAAGAAGAACGCAAUAAAUUUUUGCAACGCGAAGAAAAGUUAGCAAAACUGCGCCGAACAGUGAUGGGCGAGGGAAACAAGAAAGACGUUUUAAUCCACACUCCUUCGGGAUUUUACAAGUUCGAGGGUAUAUCCAGAAAAUUUACACAGAAACUAUGCCAGUGGGAGAAAGCGCAAGGUAUCGGGCCCGAAGCAUCGACUUUUGCGCUGAUAUCGUCCACGUUUAAACCGCACAUCACCGUCGAUUACUACGAAACUGACACGCCUAAAGCCGAAGUGGUUCAGUACAACAAAUCCAGAAUUAUAAGAUCGAAAUCUGCCGAAAGCGUUUCCACGAAAAAUUUAAUACAGAGUUGUCCAGCGAGUCAUCAUCCCUCGAGCCUUUCGCUCAACGACGUUGAUGAAUUGGAGAAACAAAUGUCGUUGUCUAGAGGCUCAUCCAUGCAAGAUAUUGACACAUCCUCCGAGAAGCUUAGGAAUGAUGAACCCGAGGCUGUCAUUGUAGAAAUCGAAGAUGUGGAAGAAGAAACCGCAGAUCUUCUGGAAGAGCGGUUGCAGGAGAAACACUUUGCGGUGUACCAACGGGAAAAUGCCUUGAGUAUAUGCAAAAAACAACCCUGUGUGGUUCCUUACGUGCAGUCGAUCCAUUUCGACAGCGGUCAACCAAGUUUUGCACUAAUUGAUAAAGUGUUGAAGCUCGUAAAAGGAAUAGAUGAGGAGGAAAAUGAGAAGAGGAAAAUGUUCGAAGUCGAAAUAGAAGGAAACCAAGCAGACUCCGAGCAAUCCCCUUCACCAGAUUUGUACAAACGCAAAGAGAGGCAUAAAAGGCAAACCCAAGGAAGCGAACAGAUUCUGGAAUAUUUGAUACAAUUGCAAGAGUUGCACUCAAAAAACAUCUCCAUGAUCGUAGAUGGAGAGGUCGAUUUAUCUAAUUCUCAUUUCACCAAUAUAACAGAAGCGAGUCAAGAUCUGUUUGCCGACCUAUUUCAAAUUGUGGAACAAUUACAAAACACAUUGUGUCGCAGAAAUGAGGAAGAGUACAGCUCAUCAUUUUUUGACUUCGAAGAUUUUUCGUAUUCCAAUAUAACAGCAGUCACUUCGGAGCUUACAUCGAAGCUUUGCGAACUGAAGAGGAUUUUAAGCUAUUUCUACGCAGCUUCCGAUAAAACGGCCCCCAAUCGAAAAUUGAAGAAAGUGAAACAAAAAUGUUUGGAUAAUAGUGACAACGGCGAGCCCCAAGUACACACGGAUGAUGAUAAUUUAAGUUUCAGACGUAUGAGGUACAGAAAAAAGGAUUACUGCAGCAAGACGGUUUGUGAAAGCGAAGAUAGCGACGGUCACGAUACACAGGAAAAGUUGUUGCGUUCAAAACGGGCGGCAAAUUCUAUAACUGUCGAUCCAUCAGUUGUAGAAAGGCUUAUAAUUCCUACUAAGCCAAAUUAUGUUAACAUUUCUGAUGGGAUAUCGUUCGACUGUAAACCUGCGGAUGUGCUAGUGAAAACCACGAAAAAAGUGUUUUCGCCUACGAUCACUAGUCAAUCAUCUUCCAGUUCAAAUUGCACCGAGCUCACUCAAAGUACAGAAAGUGCCAGUUCUGCCAGUGCAAAUACUCGGCUUCCGCCCUUACCGCAGUCGCCUACAUUUCAAAGGAAGUUGAGCAAGGAAAUUUCGCCGGGAAUACGAUUUAUGUUAGCUAAAUACAAUCAAUUAAUAUCGCAACAAGAGGUACCUGCAAAUCACCGAUCGGCUGGAAGCAGUGGAUCAGCUUCGCCAGUUGCUUGGCGAUCACCUGUAAGUGAACGGAGAGUCAAAGCCCAACGCGAUCGAUACUUGGAGGAGGUGCGUAGGGACUGCAAUCGUCCCGAGGUUAAAAAGUCGGCGAGUAUCAAUUAUUUGCCAUUAGAAAGCACAACUGGCUCAUUUGCUGGAGUUUCAGUAAGUCCUAGUCCACUAUGCGCGUCUAAGGGAAUUCUUCGAUCAACAAGUGCCAGUGUCAUCCAAAAUAAAUUUGAAGGAAUUCCGAAACACCCACCACUUAGACUAGUGAUUCCGGAACAAACUCCAGAAAUUAACAUCAGUAAUUGCGACACUAGGCACAGUAAAAUUAAGAAAGCCAAAGAAGACUUCUUGAAUUCGCCUUCCACACCAAACCCCAGCUCCGCACCGCCCACCUUCCCCGACAUGGCGGGUGUCGUCACUUAUCCCAGAAGAAGUCGUUUUAGCCAAUUCAGCAUGGGAAGUGAAUCCAGCUAUGAUUCCUCUCCUUAUGAGGGCGUACUGGUUAAGUCGGCCAGUGCGGGCAUGAUUAAUGUGGACGAAGACACGUAUCGACAAAUCGAUCCCGCUUUUCACCAAGAAGGUUACGUUUCGCUUCCUCGAACCGUUCAGAAACAAAAGGAAGGUUUACUAGGAGGAAAAUUAUCGUUGUCUAACAUCGCGGCUAAGUUUCGUAAAGUCAAAAUGCGUAAAAGUCGGGACUCGAAGAAAAUGAAUACGGUUUCCGCGCUUUGUAGGCAAAGCUUAGUUGUUACCAUAAACUCCGACAAUCAAGAAACUGAAACUGUAGAGAGACAAACCAGAAGUGAUAGCUUAACAGUACCUGUAGAGAGAGGCGCUUCUUCUUCAGAUGAUACUUCCCCAUCGUCGUCGAGAUCCGGAAGUUGGAUUAGGAGGUCUAAAAUAUUUAAAGUUAAAUAAGUACAUACGUUGUAAUUUUUUAUACAUUAUCUAAGUGUAUUUAGAUUUCUGUUCAUAAUUGAUAUAAUAAAAUAGUCGAUGCUCUUUUUAUACUUA